GACACGAUAGAUGAUAAUUCACAAGUGAUAUAGACAACAGAUAUGAAUAUUAAAUGUUUGGAUAUUUUACAUUUUAAUGAUGUAUACGAAAUUGAAGGACAAAAACAGGAACCUGUAGCCGGUGCAGCACGAUUCACUACAGCACUGAAAGAACAUGGAGCUGGAAAAGAAAGUAUUGUCUUAUUUUCUGGAGACUGUUUAAGCCCAUCGUUUAUUAGUAAUGUAACUCAAGGACGUCAUAUGCCACCAAUUAUGAAUAAAAUGUCUAUUCAGUGUGCAUUAUUCGGUAAUCAUGAAUUUGAUUUUGGAUUAGAUAUCUGUCAAGAAUGCAUUGAGGCAUGUAACUUUCCUUGGAUUAAUAGUAAUAUAUAUGAUGCAGAAAACAACACACUGAUUGGUACAGAUUUACCAUAUAAAAUUAUCAAGCAUGAUGGUAUUAAAAUAGGAAUAAUUGGUUUAGUUGAGAAAGAUUGGGUAGAAACUGUCGCAUGCUUUACUUCAUCACUUAUAAAUGUAAAAGAUUUUUGUGAAACUGGUAAAAAACUUGGACAAUUUCUAAAGUCACAACAAAAAUGUUGUCUAGUCAUCGCAUUAACUCAUAUGAGGUGGCCAAAUGAUCGUUUACUAGCUGAAAAGGUUCCAGAGAUCGAUUUAAUUCUUGGUGGACAUGAUCAUGAAUAUGAAUAUGAGUGGAUUACAUUAAAUGAAAGUUUAUUUCUUGAUUCCAGUCAAACACUAGACAGAAACAAAAUCACCACUAAACGUUUAGUUCUGAAAAGUGGUAGUGAUUAUAAAACAUUCUCACACUUACGAAUUAACUAUGAUAAAGAGAAUUGUAAAAUACUGGACGUUAAAAUUGAACAAGUAUUGAUUGAUAGUCACUGGAAGCCAGAUGAAGAAGUUUUACAGCUUGUCAGUCAGUAUACUGAGAAAUUAGAAAGUAAAUUGGACAGAUCACUGGGAAGAAUUGAAGUACCGUUGGAUGCAAGAUUUGCUUCAGUACGCACACAAGAAACAAAUAUUGGAAAUCUUAUUUGUGAUAUAAUACUGACUGCUGUUUAUGCAAACUGUGUAUUAUGCAAUUCUGGUUCUCUAAGAGCUGAUCGGAUCAUUGAAGCUGGAACAUUCACCCUACGUGACUUGACCAGUAUACUACCAUUUUUAGACCAACUCGUCGUCAUUGAAAUAACUGGCCAGCAGUUAUUAGAGGCAUUGGAGAAUUCUGUAUCAGAAUAUCCAAAAUGUGAAGGACGUUUUCCACUUAUCGGUGGUAUGCGUUUCGCAUUUGAUCCAUCUAAGCCAAGCGGUACACGAGUUGUCAAUGAAAGUGUUUCAGUUCAAAAUGAACCAAUAAAUAUGAACCGGAAGUAUCGUUUAUGCAUAAAAAGUUAUCUGUAUACUGGAAAUGAUGGUUAUCAUGUAUUUACCAAGUGUCCACUUUUACUGGAUGAAGAAAAAUGUCCAAUUCUGCCAAUACUAGUACAGAAUUAUUUUAGGACAAUACAGGUUCUUGCAGGAUUUGGACGAUUUCGUACACGUCAUCGUCAGAGUCUUAUACCGAUGACGGAGAGACAUAAGUUAAUGAAAGAAUCAUGUCCUGAAAACUCAUCAUCUUCAACAAACCCAUUGGAUCCUACUUCACGAUGGAUUAAAGCAGUGCAAUUUUUAAUUGAAGAACGUGAGAAACAAAGCGCUAUUUUAAUAGCACCUGUUGUAGAUGGACGAAUCAAAAUAAUUUCAUCAUAAAAUUAUCAUCCCAAUAAUAAUCCCUAUAUCCUUUUAUUUUAUUAAUCGAACUUGAUUCUUUAUUUAAGUAUCUUAUUUUUACUUCCACUUUAACUAUAUAUUUAUACAAAUUAUUGUACUAGA